AGAGGCGGGGCUUCGCGGUGUUGUGGGCCGGGAAGCGGCGCUGCUCCUCGGCUUUCUCGAGCGAGCUUCGGCGGCGCGGUCGGGCGACCGGGGUUGGUCUCUGCAUCUCGGAGGGCCGUUCAUCGCAACAUGAAUGAGGCUGAAGGCCUGCGGCAGCGUCGGCCCGUCCGGCCGCAAGUGCUCACCGAAGAGAGCGCGGCGCAGGCAGUCAAGGAUAGCAGCACUUACAGCAACAGGAUAUUUCGUGUAACUUUCAUGACUUUAGCUGUGUUAUUAAUUAUCCCAUUAUUUGGAGCGCUCAUUUUUCUGGAUUGUCCAAUAGACCCUCAGCCUAUUAGCUUUAAAGAACCUCCUCUUCUUACUGGUGCUUUAGAGCCAAAUGUUAAGCUUCGACAGGCAGAAAGAUUAUUUGAAAACCAGCUUGUUGGACCAGAAUCUAUUACAAAUAUUGGUGAUGUGUUGUUUACUGGUACUGCUGAUGGAAAAAUUCUGAAGAUUGAAAAUGGGAAAAUUUCCACUUUAGCUCGUCUUGGCCAUGGUCCUUGUGGUACAAAAGAAGAUGAGCCUACAUGUGGGAGACCACUAGGAAUCCGUGUUGGACCAAACAAUACUCUUUUUGUUCUAGAUGCCUAUUAUGGGCUGUUUGAAAUAAAUCCUGACUCAGGUGCAGUCAGGCCACUUGUGUCUUCAAAAAUUCCUAUUGAAGGGAAGAACAUGUCCUUUGUGAACGAUCUUACAAUGACUCGAGAUGGAAGGAAAAUCUAUUUUACAGAUUCUAGUAGUAAAUGGCAGAGAAAAGAUUAUUCCUUAUUAAUCAUGGAGGCUUCAGAUGAUGGACGCUUAUUUGAAUAUGACACCGUGACAAAGGAAGUCAAAGUCUUAAUGGAAGGACUCAGAUUUCCAAAUGGAGUCCAGCUCUCUCCUGCUGAAGACUUUGUGUUGGUGGCCGAAACAGUUAUGGCAAGAAUACGAAGGUAUUAUGUAUCUGGACUGAUGAAAGGUGGAGAGGAUCUGUUUGUUGAAAACAUGCCUGGUUUUCCAGACAACAUUCGUUUAAGCAGCUCUGGAGGUUAUUGGGUAGCUAUGUCAGCUAUUAGAGCAAACCCUGGAUUUUCUAUGGUGGAUUUCUUAUCUGAAAAACCAUGGAUUAAAAGAAUCAUAUUAAAGCUGCUCAGUCAAGAAACUGUGAUAAAAUUUGUGCCCAAGUACAGCCUUGUGGUAGAAUUAAGUGAUACUGGAUCCUACAGAAGAAGCUUCCACGAUCCAAAUGGAAUGGUGGCAACACAUAUAAGCGAAGCACAUGAAUACAAUGGACAUCUGUAUUUGGGAUCUUUCCAAUCCCCUUUUAUUUGUAGGUUGGACCUUAAGGAUGUCUAAUUCUGAGUUGAAAGCAUUACUGCUGUCGCCUUGAAUUACUCUAGAAUGACAUGGAUGAAACACACAUUUUGGACAAAAAUGAAGAAUGAAGCACAGUCAGUCAUGAGCACUGUAACACUGUUUAAGUAGCAGGAUGCAGAAUUAGUCCUUAUUAGGCAUGCCAUACUUAAAACCUGUGAAUUACCUUGUUUAAAUUCUCUUUCAAAAUGGUGGGCUGUGUAGAUGUUUUUGGUGCACUGUACCCUCUCUAUAGCACCUUUAUUACCUUUCCAGAAGGUAAAUAAAAUACAAAAUUACCUCAUGAAAUAAUAUCUGUUGCAUUUAAUAUUUUAGAAAUGCUAUUCAAAUCUAUUAUAUGUAUGUGGUCAGCUUUCCAAAGUUCAAAUUUUUGUCCUGUAAAUGCAUCAUUGCUCUGAAGUUGCUAAUCUUAGAUGAUCUAAUGCAGUAAACGUAUUUCCAAUUUGGAUCAUUAUAAUGCAUGCACAUUAUAAUAGCAAUGCAAUUUAUAGUUGUCUUAAUAAAUUCAACAUACUGCAGCUA